UCGUGGUUCUGCGGCUCAGCAGCAGAGCAGGAAGUUGCACAGCCCCCGCUGUCUGCUUCUCCAGGCUUCUCUUUGCCCGGCGGGGGUGAGGAACUCAGGCCCCAGCGUGAACAGGGGAUGCUGGGCUGCUUUUCCAGCCAGGAAGGUAACAUUUUAAUGUUGGGGUGGUUUUUUUUUUAAUAUGUGGCAAAAGACAUAGAAGUUCCUGCAAAGAAACCAAAUGCAUCUAAAUUGAUGAAACAGCAUAUUCAUUUCCUGCUGGGUGAGGGCAGAAACCAUCCAUGAAAUGGUCCUUGGCUUUCCUGAGGGUAAAUCCAGGUGAAGACCACAGUGCCCUUGCAAUAGCAGCCUAUCCUACUAAGCAUGGUUUGUCAGCCAGAGCCAGAGUAUCCCUUACAAUGAAGACGAUGAGCAUUGCACCCCUCCCAUCCUUCAGUGGCUGAGGACCAUCAGAGACACGGAGCCCUCUCUCCAACCAUCAUGGAGCCUGCUGCUCACAGCAAGCAGGAGGCAUCUCCCUCUUCCACUACAGAGACAGCAGAAGACCUUGCCUGCAAGUUAAAUCUUGCUGUGAGGUGCAGCGAUAAAAAAGAUGUUCUGGAGCUGCUGGAGAAAGGGGCAGAUGUGAACUCCAAAGCGGGCAGUGGCUGGACACCGCUGCAGAGUGCUGUGCAAGCUAAUGACGAGGAACUGGUCCGGCUUCUGCUGGCCAUGGGUGCUUGUGUGCACUCCAGGAAGGACAAUGGUGGCACUGCAUUGACUGAGGCAGGGAUAGUGGGCAAUGUGAGUAUCCUGCAGCUCCUCCUCGAUCAUGGGGCAGACGUUAACGAGCGUGAUGACAAUGGCUUCACGGCUUUCAUGGAGGCUGCUCAUUACGGGAAGGAGGAAGCCUUGAGAUUCCUCCACUGCAAAGGAGCAGAGGUGAAUCUGAGGAGGGCAGUUAGUGAGGAGAAAGCGAAGCUGAAUAAAGGAGGUGGGACAGCACUGAUGGAUGCUUGUGAGAAGGGCCACCUCUCCGUUGUAAAAACUCUUGUCCAAGAGAUGGGGGCUGACGUGAACGCUUGUGAUAACAAAGAUAGGAAUGCCUUGAUUCAUGCCCUCAAAGAGAGUCAGGACUCCAUAAGCCGUUUCCUGCUGGACUGUGGUGUUGAUGUGACCAGCAAAGAUGAAUGUGGGAAAACUGCCCUCAUCCUAGCUGUUGAAAUGCGGAGCCUUGAUUUAGUGAAAGCUUUGUUGGAGAAGGGUAAAAUUGAGAUUGAUGAUGCGGAUGAAGAGGGCAACACAGCACUGAUGGUGGCUGUGAAGCAAAAUAGUUACGACAUAGCAGAGUUGUUGUGUGAAAACAAAGCAAGGACUGAUGUUGGGAACCUUAUCGCUGUGGCAAAUAUGAACCGUGCCCCUGAAAUGGUACGUCUACUCCGCCAGCAUCAUGCCAAGCUUGUUCCAGAAACCCUCCAAGACUGGGAGCCAAACAGCAAACGCUGGAGGGACCAGCUGAAAGAUCUUUACAAAAUAUACCGGCCAAUGAUUGGCAAACUGAAGGUAUUUCAGUACGUCCGGCAGAGGAUUCAGGGUGACAUCUACCUGGGGCUGCACGGCGGGACAGAGGUAGCGGUCAGAAUAAGCUGCAGUGCAGAGGGUGAAAGAGAGAAGAAGUUCUUUGACCUGUGUGGUAACUGUGAACAUCUGCUGAAGCUCUUCCAGUUUGAGAAGGCAAGAGGCUACAUGUACUUGUGCUUCCCCCUCUGGGAGAAAAACCUUGAAGAACACUUGCAUGACCCAGAUGGCCAAAUGGAUCCCAAAGAUGCUCUGAGGAUGAUCUUCCAGGCAGUGAGAGAGCUGCACUCCCUUGGAUUCGUUCACCAGGAUCUGCAUCCCAGCAACUUUCUCAUAGAUUUAGGUGGCAAAAUUUACUUGACGGACUUUGAUAAUAAAAGAAAGUCGAUUGAAGGUGGAAAAGAACGUGUAGACUCAGAUUUAGAGAGUCUCAGGAGGCUCGUGCUGUAUGUUUUAACGGGGGGUAAGAAACCCCUUCAGCAAGUGAGUCCUGACGAUUUGCCAGCUGAUUCCCCGGAUUAUGAGGAGGCUCUGGACCUUACAAGGAGCCUGGUCUCUCAUGAUGGACGAGGCUUGGAAGGUUUGAGCAAACAUCCCUAUUUCUGGAGCAAACAGACCAGGUUCAAGUUCCUGAAGAGUAUAUGGAAUAAAAUCAAAGACCUCCCCAAUCGAAAAGCUGUCUUUCAAGCUGCAGAAAGUUGUCCUUACCCAGAGUGGACCAAGGAGAUUGACAGAGAGGUUCUGUAUAUCAUGGAACAUCCCAAGAGAAGGCCACCAUACAGAUACAGCAACGACAUCACUAACCUACUGAGGUUUAUCAGAAACCUGGAUGAACACCCAGAUGCCUGUAUCAGCAGCAGAAUAGGGGACCAUGCAGAGUAUUUCUUGGAGCUUUUCCCAGCACUUACCAUUUAUGCCUACAAUGCUUUGCGCCAGAAUCCUGAGUACAGUCACUUUGCAGACAUGCAGGACCCUUCUCUGUAGCAUGUCAUUGCUUCCUGUCCUGUGUCUGAUCCCACUGUCACUGCCUACUUUUAUUCCCUGCUUCUUCAGCUGCAAAAGAGUUGAAGGGAGUAAGGAGCUGAGAAUGUGCACGGACAGAGCAUGAAGGACUAAGAAAUAAAAGAUGUUUCACGAGUGUUUGGUGUAACAACCGUGGACUUUGGAGAGAAAGGGAGUGCCAGCCCAGGCUACCCUUGCCUAUCACUGUACCUCUCAGUGUAUCUGCCUCUCUGAGGUGGGGAUUGAGGGCUGAUCCUUAUGGAGAGCAGGACAUGUGGAUCAGCCCCCAUGCAUCUGCAAGGCAGGAGAAGAGCUCAGGCACUGCCAGACAACAUGGGGCUCUCUGAUGAAGGAAAAAGAGUUCAAGCUGCCUUCUAAGGGCAGUAUUCCCUACAGCUUGCACUGAGGAGCUGCUCAUCUACCCCUGGAAAGACAUGAAUUCUCUCUUUUUGGUCUUUUUUGAAACACAGCAGCCAGAAAAUGAGAUGCCUAGGCAAUGGUCUGGCUGCAGAGUUGCCCUUGGCCUGUUAUCCCCCUGAUGUGGCAGAGGCACACUCAGGCCAGCCUGCUGGGACCCAGACAACUGCUUCUGGGGGACUUGGGAGAUGUUGCACAAGGAAUGGACGUAAACAGCAACGAUCCCACAAAACUGCUGCUGUGAGUGGCCCUGACUCACCUGAAAAAGGUCACUGACGUCAAAGGGACUGCUUCCUUCUGAAAAGGACAAGCUGUGCUGUGGCAGGCUGCAUCUGCAAGGCAGGGCUACAGAGAAGCAUUCCCGCUCUCUGAAAUGGUAUCACCGUCCUCCUGCCAGACCCAGCUCCUUCCCACAGAGCUAGUGCCCAUCCAGCUGUAGCAUGCAGCCAGCUCAGGGCUUUGAUAUUGGAGGCUGGGUGGCACAAACCCACUUCUGAAAUCCUGCAGCGUGUAACAUGUGUCUUGUUGUGCAAGGGCUUACGUGUUUCUCAGCUAACACUCUGAUUUGCACAAUGGUUGUAUGUUGCUUACAGAGAGGUUUUUUUCAGCCUUUCAAUUAUCCUAUGGAGAAGCAAAGUGGAAUAAACUUACCUGGAAAGCUGACUCUGUA